AUGUCUGCGGCGGAUCUACCUCACACAAUCCGGGAGGCCUUCCAGAUAGCUCAGGAAGGAAGGCCGGGACCGGUAUUGAUUGACGUGCCACGGGAUGUGCAGCUUGAGUUGGCCGAGUUUGAGUAUCCCGAAAUUCCGGUGCCGGCACGGGCUGCCAUGUCCGAAGAAACCGAAGCUGCGGUUGUGAAGGCAGCCAAGCUGAUCAAUGAAGCCGAGCGUCCUGUGCUAAUCGCCGGCCACGGUGUGCUGGCCUCCCAUGCAUGGGACGAGCUGAUGGAAUUGGCCGAGGCCACCGGAAUUCCUGUGAUCAAUACUCUUCUUGGACUCAGCAGCUUCCCGCGCAAUCAUCCCCUCAGCCUGGGUAUGCUGGGCAUGCACGGCAUGUACUGGUCGAACAUUGUGGUGGACCAGGCAGACCUGGUUGUUGGUUUGGGGAUGCGCUUCGACGACCGGGUAACCGGGAAGGCAUCCACCUUCGCUCCCCACGCCAGAAUCAUUCACCUGGACAUAGAGUCCAGUCAGGUCGGACGAAAUGUGCCGGUGGAAGUUCCGCUGGUGGGUGACGCCAAGGUAAUCAUGCGGGCGCUGGUCCCGCUGGUGAAGAACGUCGACCGGCCCGAAUGGAUGAGCUAUAUCGAGGGUCUGAAGAAAGACCAUCCAUCUUUGGCGAUUCCCAAGACGGACAAAUUGCUGGUGCAGCACGUAUUGUCGGAAAUGAACGAGCUGAUCCAGGAGAAUCCGGAAUCCGUGAUAGUUACAGGAGUAGGCCAGCACCAGAUGUGGGCGGCCCAAUUCCUUUUCUUUAAUGGGCACAACACCUUUGUCUCGUCGGGUGGCCUGGGGGCCAUGGGUUUUGAGCUUCCGGCCGCCAUGGGCGCGCAGGUAGGGCAGCCCAACGUCCCAGUGUGGAGCAUUGCUGGUGACGGCGGAAUUCAGAUGACCUCGCAGGAAUUGGCCACCGUGGCCCAGGAGAACCUGCCGGUUAAGAUAGCCUUGAUAAACAACGGUUAUCUGGGAAUGGUACGGCAAUGGCAGGAGAUGUUCUUUGAGAAUCACCUGAAAGAGGUGCCGAUACCCGGGCCGGACUUCGUUAAACUUUCCCAGGCUUAUGGGAUACCGGCGAUGAAGGUAACCCACCAGGAAGACGUAAUGCCGGCCUUGCGCAAGGCCCAGGCCCACGAUGGCCCAUACUUGAUCGAAUUUGUUGUGGACCCGUCGGUCAACCUUUACCCAAUGGUGCCGCCGGGCGGAUCACUGGGCGAAACAAUGGAAGACCCCUUGACCGUCGGGGCGACAACCAGCUAG